UUCGGUUCUCUGCUGGGGCAUGACUGAAAGUGAACCGCCUGCUGCACCUGGCUCAUCUACAUCGCCUUUGCCUCAAGAGAGUGCUGCGCUCGCUAGACAAACAGCCGCAGACGCAGCUCUGGCUCGCAGCAACACGAUCGAUCCUGCAAGCACGCAGACACGCCUGCGCGAACGGGACGAGAAAGUGAAGCUCUUGAGGAUCAUUGACGAUCUCGUCAUCGACAAGAACGAUCGCACGGCCGCCUUGGACCUCCGCGACCUCUUAAGAACGCUCCUCUCGAAUGCGCAGACGGGCGAGCACAAGUUCCUAACGAUCAAGCUGGGCAAUGCCGCCAUCAAGCGCAGAUUAGUUGAUCGAACGGGAGGCACCGAUUACCUCUGGGCAGCUGGCUUCUACAGAGAAACUAAGGACUUUCAAAUAUUCGCAAAGUACAGCGAGGCGCCCUCCGAGCGCGUUCAGACUAAGCUCAGAUUGGCCAUCGAGACUCUCAUUGAUCGUCAGCGUACCUGGACAUCACAUUCCGAGUGGAGCACCAACCUCAAAGAGAGAGAAGCGCGGUUGGAAAGCGAACGUAAACGAAAUGCUCUUUUAGCAGUGCAAGAGGAUCAUGCCUCUCGCAUGGAGCGGGAGGAGCGCAAAAGGGCCGCAAGAGCUUCAUUGGCUACGCUACCGCAGCCGAGCGAGGCAGAACCUCAAUCAUCGCGCUACGAAAGCGGAGCAGCACGACUAGGUGGCAAUGAUGGCCCGACAGCAGCACGUCAUGACGGAGUAUGCGGACGAGCGGCAGAACAAUUUUCGAGCACCGCCGAUGUGAUGCCGCAACGGGACCAGGCUGCAGUUUGCGCCGUGAUGGUCUCUUGUGGCCGCGUGCGCAUGCUUCAUCGCUCUACAGAGCUGAAUGCUCGCCGCUGUCGCCCGAUGACUCAUCAUGCCUCUGGCUCCACACGGUCAAACGCGUUGCACGGUCUGGCUCACUUGCGUCUCGCGCAUGACAAUAAUGCAGAUCUAGAACCAUUCAUUGGACGUGGCUUAAUCAAGGUCGGCAAAGAAGGUGCUGCUGUCCAGCUUAGCUCUUCCUCUGCAGCAGAGCUAUGAAAGCGUGGGGCUUCAUUGACUGGGAACCCGCUCCAGUUGCUGGCUUGCCUGCCUCUUGGCGCGACAGCGUGUACAUCAUUUGCAGGACGACUCCGCAAACCUCGCGGCCUUUCUAAUUCGAGCAACAUUCAGCAGGCACACUUACAUCACAAUGUUGGCGCAACAGUGCGCAUUGCAGGCCGCAUAUUGACGCAUGAGCCGCCGGCAAUACUGCGAUUGCACUGCUGAGCUUUCUCGUCAGGCAAGGCAGUCGCCGACCUUUGUGUUGAAGCCACCGCCUGGAAACGGCUCGGUAGCUCCAGUGUCACUUGUUGCAUAGAUUGCAGGCUCUGUACAAAAAUGUAGAUUAAUCUGAGGG